UUUAGUUUCCCUCUCACAUUCAAAAUGUGGCAGGACAACGAAGUCAGAUUUGAUGUUUCUCACUCUAACAUGCAGCUGCGACUCGGUGAGCUUACUAUCGAUAAACUCGAUAUGAUCGAAGAUACGAAAGGCAAUUCCGGUGAUCUGGGAAGAUUGAUUGUCACAAAUUUGAGAAUUAUAUGGCAUUCCUUAGCUUUGCCGCGAAUUAACUUAAGUAUAGGCUACAAUACGUUUAUUACAGCAAACUCGAAAAUGCUUCACACGAUUCAAGGUGGACAUGUGCAAGCUCUUCACAUACUGACUUCGUUUCGAAACAGUCGUUAUGAGUUUGUAUUUACUAAUCACGACGCUAAAAGUACAAGACAGUACACUUCGGUUAUAGGCGUUUACAGGGCUUACGUUUCGUCGAGGAGCUACAGAGAGAUCAAACUGCGAAGCGGAAUCAUACGCGAGAAUCGACUGAUCUUACUGCCCCAAGAAAAAGUCCAUUCCUCCGUACAAGAUGUUUGGAAUUUGUCUGUUGAACAGGGAAAUAUCGGAACUUUUGUUAUAACAAAUAUACGUUUGGUAUGGUACGCGGACAUGAAUCAUCAGUUUAACGUGUCAAUACCUUAUCUUACAAUUGAAAAUAUUACCAUUAGAACGUCGAAAUUUGGACCAACUUUAGUAGUUGUAAGCAAAGAGACCAGCGGAGGAUACGUCUUGGGUUUUCGUGUAAAUCCUUUACAGCAGCUUCACGUUACUCACAAAGAGAUCUCGAUUCUUCGUUCAGAAUUUGAAAAAUUUCCCAGUUUCGGCGUCGAAUACACAUUCGAGCAUGAGGCACCGUCGCAAAAAGAAAUUAACGUGGAACAUUUCACCGAGAUACAAGAGAAUCAAGCUGAGAUAUCGAACGUUUUCGGAUAUUAUUUUUCGGAGGGAGAGACGUGUCAGAGAAAACCGAGUUUUUCGAUUCACUUGGGACUCGCGGCGGAAGAGCCGAGAGAAGGCAGUACGUUGCAAAGUUUAUGGGAACUAGUGCCGUCGAAUGUUAAUUAAUUGUCUCUCUUUCAACAAUACGUUCACAAUGCGCCUAACAAAUCAAAUCAAUUGUCUCAAUUGAUUGCCUUCUCGUGCUCGAGAUGUUCGCGCGUCAUCGCGGGAAGCGUAACGAGGAUAAGGGUGAUGACGUACUUAAAAUCAACAAACACAUCACGUUUCGGAGAUUUUUCAGUAUUAAGUGUUUAUUAUACAUACAAGCAUUUUUUUUUUUUUACAAUAUCAAGUAUUUGUUUGUUUGUUUGUUUUUGUUUUAGACAUGACUGUGAUAUUUAGCGUUCUUUUUGUUAUUGUAAUAUUUAGAAAUAUUCUCUCGUAUUCUAUUUAAUUAUUAUCAUUAUUAU